GCUGCCAGGGAGGCCGGGGCGCAGAGCCCAGCCAGCUUCUCCUCCGUGGGCCAGGGGAACCCCUUGAUCCCAGCUCCCUGAUCUUUCAGCUGGAAGCCUCUGUCUGCUGGCCUGCCCUACUGCGGGUGGCCCAGGACAGAGGGAAGAGGAUGGUGGAGAUGAGUAACCCGAAGCCCCAGGAGGAGACAUCUCGUGCCCAAGGGCACUUCUAGCACAGCCAGCAUCAAACCAGGCCUGCAGGCAGGAGCCCACGUCUGCGCCCUCACCACACUGAGAGCCUGGCGCCAUGUUUGGGAAGAAGAAGAAGCGGGUCGAGAUCUCGGCACCGUCUAACUUCGAGCACCGCGUGCACACGGGCUUCGACCAGCACGAGCAGAAGUUCACGGGGCUGCCCCGCCAGUGGCAGAGCCUGAUCGAGGAGUCAGCUCGCCGGCCCAAGCCCCUCGUUGACCCCGCCUGCAUCACCUCCAUCCAGCCCGGGGCCCCCAAGACCAUCGUGCGGGGCAGCAAAGGCGCCAAGGAUGGGGCCCUCACGCUGCUGCUCGACGAGUUUGAGAACAUGUCGGUGACGCGCUCCAACUCCCUGCGGAGAGACAGCCCGCCGCCACCCGCCCGUGCCCGCCAGGAAAACGGGAUGCCCGUGGAGCAGGCCGCCACGGCCAGAGGGGGCCCAGAGAAGGCGGGCGGUCAAGGCCGGGUCGCCGGUCGCAGCGAGGCGGGUGGCAGCAGUGGAGACAGGCGGCGGGUGGGGCCGGACAAGAGGCCCAAGUCUUCCAGGGAGGGCUCAGGGGGGCCCCAGGAGUCCUCCCGGGACAAGCGCCCCCUCUCUGGGCCCGACGUCGGCACCCCCCACCAGCCUGCCGGUCUGGCCAGCGGGGCGAAAGUGGCAGCUGGCCGGCCCUUUAACACGUACCCGCGGGCCGACACGGACCACCCAUCCCGGGGCGCCCAGGGGGAGCCUCACAACGUGGCCCCCAAUGGGCCAUCGGUGGGGGGCCUGGCUAUCCCCCAGUCCUCCGCCUCCCGGCCCCCCGCUCGAGCCCACGGCCCCCCCAGCCCUGGAGUGCUGGGCCCCCACGCCUCCGAGCCCCAGCUGGCCCCUCCAGCCCGCACCCUCGCCGCACCCCCUGCACCCCCUGCCCCUGGACCCCCUGGACCCCGCUCGCCACAGCGGGAACCCCAGCGAGUGUCCCACGAGCAGUUCCGGGCUGCCCUCCAACUGGUGGUGGACCCCGGCGACCCUCGCUCCUACCUGGACAACUUCAUCAAGAUCGGCGAGGGCUCCACGGGCGUCGUGUGCAUUGCCACCGUGCGCAGCUCGGGCAGGCUGGUGGCCGUCAAGAAGAUGGACCUGCGCAAGCAGCAGAGGCGCGAGCUGCUCUUCAAUGAGGUGGUGAUCAUGAGGGACUACCAGCAUGAGAACGUGGUGGAGAUGUACAACAGCUACCUGGUCGGGGACGAGCUCUGGGUGGUGAUGGAGUUCCUGGAGGGAGGCGCCCUCACCGACAUCGUCACCCACACCAGGAUGAACGAGGAGCAGAUCGCCGCCGUGUGCCUGGCCGUGCUGCAGGCCUUGUCCGUGCUCCACGCCCAGGGGGUCAUCCACCGGGACAUCAAGAGCGACUCCAUCCUGCUGACCCACGAUGGCAGGGUGAAGCUGUCGGACUUUGGGUUCUGUGCCCAGGUGAGCAAGGAGGUGCCGCGGAGGAAGUCCCUGGUCGGCACGCCCUACUGGAUGGCCCCGGAGCUCAUCUCCCGCCUCCCCUACGGGCCAGAGGUGGACAUCUGGUCUCUGGGGGUGAUGGUGAUCGAGAUGGUGGAUGGGGAGCCCCCCUACUUCAAUGAGCCACCCCUCAAAGCCAUGAAGAUGAUUCGGGACAACCUGCCACCCCGACUGAAGAACCUGCACAAGGUGUCGCCAUCCCUGAAGGGCUUCCUGGACCGCCUGCUAGUGCGUGACCCAGCACAGCGGGCCACGGCGGCUGAGCUGCUCAAGCACCCAUUCCUGGCCAAAGCGGGCCCGCCCGCCAGCAUCGUGCCCCUCAUGCGCCAGAACCGCACCAGAUGAGGCCCAGCGCCCUGACCCUGAACCAAAGAGCCCCUUGGGUCACCCCUGCCCUGCCAGAGGCCAGUGGAGGGCCGGCCCCUGCCCCUCCCAGCCCAGGAGACACUCUGUAUGGCACUGCCCUCCUUGCUGGGGGAUGUGUGCAGGACCCUACUACUGAACUGCCGUUUUGAUUUUGUGACUUUUAAAAAAACGCAGGGACUUGUGGGAGCACACGGGGCUCCCAGGACCCACCAAUCCUCUGGGACAGGCCCGCCCCAGUGUUGUCCUGUCUCCAGGAAGGACGGGAGGCCUUCCCAUCACUGGAAAUCUGCAGUGGGGGCCGCCAGGGGUGGAGACAACACUACAAAAGAGGUGUGUGUGUGUGUGUGUGUGCGCGCGCGUGUGUGUGUACACGCAUGUGUGCAUGUAGGAGACAACACUACGAAAGAGGUGUGUGUGUGUGUGUGCGCGCGUGUGUGUACACGCAUGUGUGCAUGUAGAAGGUCCAGCAGCCUGAGAGUGCGUGUCUCUGAGACCUCGCCUGAUCCACAGCCCCUCCCCCCUGAGCCAUUGCGGGGGUCGAUCAUGAAUGUCUGAAGAGUGGCCUUUUUCCUUUGCCCCACACCCCCUCUGUGGCUGCAUGCAGAGACAGGGGUCAGGGCUUCCCACCCACCCCCAGCCUCUGCAGAACAUGACUACUGCACCUGGAACAGCCUCCUCUUUUCUAGAAGUCUAUUUAUAUUGUCAUUUUAUAACACUCUAGCCCCCAUCUGGGGACAGAUGGUCCCUGUUCCGCGGGGUGGCACCGGGGACAGGACCACUGCUUGAAGAAUCAGGUUCCUGCCCCCUCAUCGCGGCCCCGCCCGCCCCUCCCUCAACUUAGUUUUACAAUUA